AUGGAUGAACCUAAAAUCGAUGGCCCCGAUCCCGGGGCCGGCGCUGCGCCUGCUCCGAACCUCCAAUCCGGACAGGAGAACCUCGUGCUUCCGCUGGAGGAAAACGCAUCAGUGGAGCCCUACAGCAUCUUUACUCGCACAGAGAAGUGGUUCAUUGUCGCAAUGGUAGCCGUCGCCGGUUUUUAUAGCCCGCUACCAGCCAACAUUUACCUGCCUGCUAUCCCGAAGCUGUCAGGAGCAUUUGGCAAGUCUGUGGAGCUUCUGAACUUGACAGUAACAGCCUUCCUUGCGACUCAGGGCGUCUGUAAGUAA